GAGACAACAGCAGUAAGCAAAGUCUUCAUCAUCUUGUAAACAAGCCCAGUAGCAGGCAAAUUGCAGUGAUAUAUACCAGUAGCUAUAACAAAACCAGCAGCAGCACCAUCACCACCACCACCACAGUGUGUUGUAGUUGUGGUUCUUGUUGUUGUUGUUACCUGUCAGUAAGAGCAGGAAGGGAUGUGGUGUAGUUGUUGUUGCCGUUGUUGGCGGCGGAGGUGGCGGUAGCAGUGACAAGGGCGGUGGUGGUGGUGAUGUUGGUGUUUGCGAUGUUUUAUGUGUUGUGUAAAGUCGACACAGACCCAAACAAUAACAACUCCUAAUGGGCUUUUUUCCCUUUUUUUGUUCCCUUUUAAACCAACAACAACAACAACAACAACAAGUCUUACAAAUCUGACUCUACCAAUUUUAAUUUUCCUGAUGACUAAAUAAAAUUAAACUUAUCUUUAUUUUGGAUUACAAGAUAUUUCCUACAUAUAAAAGGAACCAGGGAAAAGAAAACUGGAAUAUUUUCUAAUACAAAUGGUAAUGUGUCUUUCUAUCGUACAAAAUGUUUCUGGAAGAAAUUCAAAGAACUCUCCAAGAGCGCCACUUGCAAUCUAGAUCUCAUAAACAGUUUGUCUUGGAUAAACUAGAUGUCUCCAUAUUCUUAGCAUGGAUUCUUCAACAAUAUGACUUCAGUGAAUUAAAAUUUGCAUCUGACAAAAACUAUAGAGAUUUGUCGGGGUUAUCCAAUCGGCUGUGUCAGCUGAGUUUGGUGUAUGGUGGGAAUCUGGUAACAUCCAUCAAUAAAUUUAGUAUGCAACGGUUAUUUGGUUCUCCGUCUGUUUGUUGCCGCCAUCAUAAGUUCUCUUGCCUACCGCAAAUUGCUGAUAUUUCUGAUAUGUGCCACAUGGUGGAAUUGAAGAACUCUGUGGCAGAGAUUAAUAACAACAACAACAACAACACAACCAACAACUACAAUACUAAUAAUAAUUAUAACAACAAUAACAAUGAUAACAACAACAUUAACAACAAUAAUAAUAAUAAUACAUUUGUUAGAGAGACUAAGUCAUUUUCAGCAUUUACACAGAUCCCUUGUGAACGGAACGGUUCACAGAAAAUCUGGCUGAUGAAUGAAAAUCAAUUGUGUUUUGACAAAUGUUCAAAUGCGAACAGAAACCAUCAACUCUGCUCAUCUGUCAGUUGUUUAAAUAAAACGGAUAUUGAUCAGAAAACACUUUCUGAUGAUUCACCAGACAAUCUGACUGACCUCAAGAAAUGUACUUGCCCUCAUAGUCCGUCUCUGCCUCUCACUCCUCAGCCGAGAAGACUCAGUCAAAAUGCUAAUCAAACUGAAUUCGAAGAAUGUUCUAAUUAUUAUUAUUAUUAUUAUUAUUAUUAUACUGUGCCUCCUUUUGCAGAAACAAUUUCUGUCGAAACUGGUGAAACAUUUGCAGUCCAUUCAAAGACUUUGAUGAGCGACAGUUUGUCAUCAGCUUCACUGUGUCACCAUAACAACCAGCCAGUUCAGAAUGAAAGGGAUGCACAAAUACAUCACAGCCGUUCCGUAUUUCCUGAUGUUCGUUCUACAUCUGCAGAUCUUCACCGUUCAUUCAGCUCCUCUUGUUCAUUACAUGUCUGGGAAGAAAGACUGGAUGAAGAAUGUAAUCUCUACAUGCUAGAUCAGAUACAGCCACAACUUCAGAGAAAUUUAGAAAAUCCUAUUGCGAAACUAUUAUCCACUGGAGAUGAUAUGCAUUUCAUACCAAUCGGAGAGGAGUUAAUGUUGAAAGUGAGGUCUUCAUAGAGAAUUUUACCAACCAAAUCCUAAACCUACCUACAGCAGAUGUCUGAAACCUGCCAUUAAUUUCGGUGGUUCCGGGAAGAUAUUUAAAAGCUGCCUGCACAAAUCUUAUUUGUAUGCAAAAAAACAGAAAACAUAAGACAAAAAAAUAUCAGAACCUGCAGAAAUUCUAUAGGUGAUUUUAUUUACUACAAUAUUGCAAUAUGUAAGCAGUUUGGGUUUUUUUUUUUUAAACUUUCAGCUGCAUAUAUAUCUUCAUCUUUAUACAUUUCUGCCUUUUAUCAGAAACAGCGUUGCCAUGAUGCUCAUCUCAUCUGUUCAAGUUGUUCAUUUUAGUUCUAAUUAAAGGCGGACACAAUCUCUAUUUUUUAAUUGUUUCAACUUUUAAUCAGUCUGUUCCAGUUGUUUUGACAGACUGAUUAUUUUUCUAAGUCCAAUCAACUUAAGAAUUUUUGCUCAUUAUUGAUAAACCAAAGCAUUCUAUCAUAGCAUGUAGAACAUUUGGAACUAUUUAACCUUUGUCGGUUAUGUCUUCUAUUUGUCUCUUGUCAGUGUAAUAUCUUACUUAUUCAUAUAUACAUACUAACAUACACGUGUGUGUAUAUAUGUAUAUAUAUAUAACAAAAAUAUAUACUUACUGUCAUGCACAUGUAUGUAUAAAAUCUCUUUUGUAUGUAAUUCAAUAGAUGUUUUUGAAAAUGUUAUAAUUCCAUUUUACAGUUAAUUAGUUAAUUAUUAAACAAUGCUCAAAAACUUUAAUUAUUUAGACCAAUAUUUAAUAGUCAGAGCAUUUCUUCCUAGAAUUGCAUCCAUUUUUAAUGGUGUUUAUUCUUUUGUUGUUGUUGUUUUUUUUUCUCUAAUGAAAUUCUUUUUUGAGUUUCCAUUUGUGACUUUUAUUUCCUCAUAUAGAGAGGAGAACAGUUUAUAAUCAAUCAAUCAAUCAAUCAAUCAAUUAUAUUUGUCAAUCCUCAUUAAUCUCCUUUGCGGUGUUCGCGUUUUGACUUUGAUAAGAAAACCUAACUCGACAGUCAUUUUUUUUUUUUUAACAAUUAACAUCUCAUUAAUUACAUUCAAUUUCUUUUUUUUUUCUGCAGAUUACAAAAAAAAAAAAAGGGAUAAAUUUGCACUUAACUAUUUCUUAAUUGUAAAAUUGUACAUUUUGUAAAUAUGUUUAUAAAAUUUCUAAUUGUUAAAUGAGCUGUUGGUUAUAAAAAAAGAAAACAAAAAAAAAUUUUCUCAUAUUUCAAAUUUAACAAAAUACAUCGCGGUU